GCUGCAUUUCAGUCUUUCAACAACACUUGUCGUGGAAACACCUUUUAAGAUUGUACUUUUGCUCUGUACGCGCGUACGCCUUAUUCAAAACAGUGAAAAUCGAGCCAGAGAUCAGAUCUCCUCAAAUCUGCUACAGUAAACUCACUCACAUUCACUCGCUUUUCUUGUAAUUCCGCCAAAGCUUUCGAAAAGCCUCUGCCCAAUCGACAGUAAUUAGGUUCACGGUUCGCGUGCGAAAAUAAAUCAGAUUUCCGAUCUUUUGAUCGUUGCAGCAGGAAAAAGUGAAACUAAUUGUGCUUUGAUGGAUAUUUUGAUAAAUGCGAGUUGGAAACUGAUGCUGUACCUUUUGGUGCAAGUGGAGUUGAAAAUUUGAAGCCGAUUUGGAAGGCGUUGCAGAGAGAUUGUUUUGACAAGUGCAAGUGUAUGCGGAGAGAUUGAAACGGCAUCCAACAGAUCCUGCAACGUGAACAAAACUGUUUUCGGAAAGCUAGGUCCUUCAUGUGGAAUAAUACUGAAAGAGGCAGUAGCUGAGUUUUCCGAAAAAACAGUAUUACCACACUGGAGUAAUCGUAACUGCUGUCACUCUAUCAUCACAACGGCGAAAUUGUUUCGGAAACAAACAAGUUUAGGAUAAUAAUUGUGUGUCAAAAAAAAAACAACCUACAACAAAAUAACUCGAACAGACAAAAGCGUGUGAUCAUUUCGUCGCCGAAGAACAAGUGCACAGACGUUUAAACAAAGACCCUUUUCGAACAUUUCACUUUAAUCGAUGAUAAUCCAAAGCAAUUGUUAGUGGCACUCGUGCAUGCAAGGAACUAUGUACAAUAAAGUGAACUGGAAAAAAAGUGAAAAACUGAAGCACUGAACCGAUUUUACCUCCAUCAUCCUUUACCCGUCAUAGACACAGGCUGGUGGUCCGUCCCACAUCAAUCCCGGGGCCUCACGUGUGCCUUCGCGGCAAAAGUUUAAUUGUGAAAGUACCCUAAACUAAGCCCGAUACCAACCGCGUGCACGAGAGACUAAGACGGGCGUAGAAGCGGAAAGAGAAAGAAAAAGUAAGCAAACAGCAAAGCUACAUUAAUGCAACCGCGCUGCACUGGUGAAUGAUUCCGACUGACGAAAAUUUGACGAAGAAAGCGGGGAAAACGGAAAAAUUGUGUUUCAAAUCGUGGCGAAUUUGAUGCAUGGAAAACGUCUAUAGCAGUAUUGGAAAAUUGUUCCGUGCGGGAGCGAAAUUGAAAAGUUAAUUAACUCCAAAGUGAUAAUCGGCUGUGCAGAAAAUAUUUAUUUUUUCGUCGCUGUAUAUAUUGGAAAACAAAACGCACGAAACAGAAGUGAGCGUUGAUAACGUUCAACGGAGUCUACUUGAAAAGUAAAUACACACAACGAAGCCAUAUUAGAUAGCCAACCGUACGACAUAUAAACUAAACAAAACAAAACAAAAGCAAUCAAUUAGAGAAUAACCGAUCCGCAACUGCAAUUGGUAAGGUACUCGGUCAGAAAUAACUGUAACCACCAUGUCUUCCGUCCCAAGUGGUGAAUCAACGCCGCUGGCCACCUUGCCAGUUGCUACGGAGAUGGCGCCAACGGCAGUGCCCAUUGCUGCCCCGGAGCCGCCACUGAACGUGGCAAACAGCAACGGUAACGUAAGAAUCGUUGAAAAGGUGGAAAUGGCCACUAUGACUGAUAUGUUUCCCAUAGAAAGAGAAGAAAGUGAAAGUGCUGCACAGAGUAGUAAGGUAACAGCGUGUGGAGAUGUGGCAGUGAGUUGCUGCAAAAUGCCACAGCAGCUUGAGCAACCGCUAGUUGCAGUUCAGUGUGAACCAGCUGCUACCGUCACCGAGAACAGUGAAAUGAUCAUCAAAGAAACGAUCAAAGAAAUGGAAACACUAGAACUGGAUGACGCUGCCCACGCGGAAGAACCGGACACAUUGUCACCCCUAAUGACCGAUAACUAUACAUAUCUGCAGCACCAAGAAUUGCUGAGAGAAGAAGGUGAUGCCAAUCCACAACAUCACUAUCAUCAUCAUCACCAUCAUCAUGGCCAUGACGAGAUCCACGACUAUGAUCUCGAUGACGACGAAGAAGAAGAUGAUGAUUUGUACAUGGAGGAUGAUGAUCACAUGGUACCGCAUCCGGUAGUUCCACCAGUCAACAUGAAACACUCGGAUACGAAAGAUUCCAUUAGCUCCAUCGAUAGUGAUGUUUCGAUGUCAUACGAUAGAACCAAUUCAACCGAAUCGCAGAAUCCUCCCGAAGACGCAGGAGUUGGUUCAUCCGACGACAACGCCAAGGAUUCGGGCUGUGAAAUCACGAAAAAACCCGAAGCAAACAGUCCGUCCGAGGAAGAUGCCUAUGAAAUCCCGGACGACGAUAUGUGCGAAAAAAUCAUCGAACAGGUGGAGUUUUAUUUCUCCAAUGACAACAUUUUGAAAGAUGCGUUCCUAUUGAAGCACGUCAGACGCAACAAGGAAGGAUUCGUCAGUUUGAAACUGGUCUCCAGUUUUAAACGUGUUCGUCAGCUAACGAAAGAUUGGCGUGUGGUUGGGUACGCCAUCAAGCGAAAAAGUGUCAAAAUCGAACUGAAUGAUCUCGGAACGAAGAUCCGCCGACUAGAAUCACUGCCUAUUUACGAUGAAACGACUCCAUCCCGGACGGUCGUUGCCACCGGUUUGCCAUAUGACAAGUACACCGUCGAGAAAGUAUCCGAACUCUUUUCCAAGUGCGGUGAAAUCUCGCUCAUUCGAGUCCUACGUCCCGGUGGUCCCAUCCCGGCGGAUGUGCGUCAGUUUAUCAACAAACACCCAGAACUGCAACAGAACGAAUGUGCACUGAUUGAAUUCACCGAGUCUGCAUCCGCCCGCCGUGCUCAGAACAUGGAGGAGUUCAUCGUACUGGAACUGAUUGCACCGAAAAAGAAGACUGGCAAAAAGGCCAACGUAACCAGAUUUGUGGAAAACUACAAGUACGUAGCCGGUCAUGACAUCGAGCGUAGCCGCGGUGGCGAAACCUUCGACCGGUACAAGAUGCGACGUGGAUCCGGUUUCUAUCCCAAGCCGGAAAUGCAGCAUGUCUAUCAGCAAAUGAUUCCACAGCCCGAGCAGCCGAGCAUGCAGCAAAUUAUGCCACUGCAGCCUCAACAACAGCCACAAAUGCAGCCUUCCCAGCAGCAGCAGCAGCAGCAGCCGCAGCAACAGCCAAUAUUUAUACCGCACCCGCCACAACAGAGAAAGUACUCGUACGGAAACGAGAACUACGACUACUUCAAUCGUCGUCCGAGCACAUUCUCGAUGGGCAGUAGUGACGCUUCCCGAAAAUACUCAAGCUGCUCCGAUGGCUACUCCAGCUGUGGGGAAAUGUCUCGACGGCCGUCGCAAUGUUCUUCGGGCAUGGAGAGCAUGUCCCGACGAACGUCCAACUGCUCCGAAGUGCCAUCACGAAGAACGUCCAACUGUUCGGAUUUCUGCUCAUGCUCGCGACGAGUUUCCCAGUGUUCGGAUGCGUACCGUCGAAUCUCUCAAUGUUCCGACCAAAGUAAUCGAAAAUUCUCGGUUGGCUCCAACUUCGAGCGUCGGUUCACCAACUCACCGGAUAUGGGUAUGCCUCAGCGGCGCAUUUCCAUGGAAUCAAACUACGAGAGGAAAUUUUCCACCGGUUCGAAUAUGUACGAAAAUCCGAACAUGUCUCCACGAAAGUACUCCAAUGGUUUCGAUCCGCUGCGAAAGCUGUCCAGCAGCUCCGAGUACUACAACGGACGGCGUAUCUCCACCGACUCGGGCUACGAUCGACGCAUUUCUGUUGGCUCGGAGUGUUCCAACGGUGGUCCGCGAUCUCGCUCGGGCAGUGCCGUACAGAUGCAGUGCCACCAGCACGGACAAGGUGAAACCGUUGUUCGUACCCCGAUUGGACCGGACGGUAGCAAGGGCUUCGGAUCGAGAACACGACGCAUCGGUCAAAUUGUGCCACCAGCCUAGAGAUGAUGGAAUGAUCCAGAAGGUAUCACGUGGUGAACCGUUUUUUUUUUUUCUUUUUUGCACCAAUCGUUGCUGCGAGUAGCGCCAGAUGGAAUAUAGGUUCGUUAGGCCACAUUUUGCUUCUUAGUUUAAGUAUGUAUCGCGCUUAGUAUUUUUAUUCAACUGCAUGUGUAGCACCGAGUGAGCGUGUACAGGGCGAGGGCGUGAAUUGCGUGCAAGCGAACGAGAAUACAAAAAUGGCAAUUAUUGUGACAUACCAUUGGCGUACCUGUCUAGAACGAUGCCGGGCUGCUGGGUUGAACGAGACUUUCACUGUCCCAGAUUUCUCACGCUCCGGCAACGACUCAGUGCACUCCCCUAGAACUGUGCUCCGUCGGUUGCUGCUGGUGCGGUGAAGCGAUCGUGGCAGGUCGGAGAUAAUUGCACAAAGUCAACGGCGUCGAGUCAGCCGUGCCUCGCCGCUACGUCGCUACUACCUACCGCGCGUAUCAACGAGGGAGCAAAUUGUGCUCGGUCAGGUCUGCAGAUGAAAACGUGUUCCCAUCAACGAGAGAGUGAGAGGUGCGGAGGUAGACAGUAUGGCGUGGCACGUGAAUGGAGUUCAUGAACACGAGAGUAAACGAGAGGAUGCAAAUCAGUAUGAGUAAGAGUGCAGUUUGGUUUGGAUUGGACCGCGCGCGCAGACUGCGAAAGAUUCUUGUUUUUGUUUUUCGUGUCUUUAUUUUCGCUGCUCCUUCGGCUGCCAGAAUGAUGAAUGGGCGACGUGCGGCUACGAUCGUGCUCCGAUCGUUGGCUUUGUGCGAGAUCUGCGCUGCGUAUACUCGAACUCGACAUCUCGGCAGCGUGUACGACUUAGGUGGCAGAGCACACACCGACGCGAGGGCACUUAGGAAUGUGUGAGGAACAUUCUUUUUCGCAUGCGAGAGUUGUCUAGGCAAAUCGGUACACUCUGUGUAUGUACGUGUCGUGAGUAGACUGCCGAAAGAUUUCUAUUUUUAUUUAGGUUAGGAUUUUUGUUUCGUUAUUUUUUUUUCUCUGUUACUAUUAUCACCGACCUUGUAUCUCGUGACAUUGUUUAGUUUUUUUUUACACUCGUAUUUAUUCUUGGCUUUGUUCGCGCAUUACUAGUUAUAUUACGUGGCUCGUUAAUAGUGAAACUUGUGCAUCAAGAUGUUAGUCAGUAGGACUUAGAAUAAGGACCGAGUUCUUGUGCCAGCGCCGUGCUCAAUUUUGCUCUUAACAUCUGUGCACCUGGGAGAGAUGGCGUCAUGCUGAUCGUUAGGGAAGGUAACCUCACAGAGCCGAAUCGGAAAGUACAUACAAACGUUGAUUCGUAUCAUUCACAGAAAACCGGACUAUUUUUAGUCACUGGGUAUUUAAAUUUGGCUUGAAUACAAAUGUCGAAUGAAUAAAUUCGGUUGAAUGACCUUGACCUGUUUUCCGACUUGCACUUGUAGGAUUUCAAGCUCAUCGACAUCAGAUUAAUGCUUUCAAUCACAAAUAAUCCACAUGGCAUAAUGAUCGAAAGCUAAAAAUAAAUACUACACUAAUCUAAUGAUUAGCGAAAACUAAUUGCUUUUUGUGACACCAAAUGGAAUGCUUUUUUGGAAGUAACUCUGUAAAAGAUUAAUUCUAUUUUGAUCGUGAAUAUUUCUAAUUGUACCUAACGUAAAAAUAUCAUAUUUGUUCCAUGCCAUCAAAAACAUUAUCAACAACUUAUAUUGCUGAAAUUUUAUGUUUUAUUCAAUUUUGAGUUAUAUGUGGAUAUCUCAACCGAACUUUUCUAAUUUUUUUUGUAUAAACGGGCAGUGUUUGAACGAAUCACACUCAAAUUUUAAAAACGGAUCUACAUUUCAUUAGAUCUGUAAACAUUACACUACAACAAACACCAUUAAUGUAUAAUUAUAUUCAUCGCUAUUCAACUGAUUCGCCACAUUCGAAGGAAAGGACAUUAAACAUCGAAGAGUUUUAACAAUUCGACUCUUAUAAGAAAUUUAUUUGCAUAGUUCUGACUGAGUUGGUUUCUUCAAUUGAAACAGUCAAAUCGAAAUUUUGUCUAUUCGUAGUUUUGGUUCGUUAUCAUGUCAAUUUGUAUUCACGUCAAUCCGGUUAUGACUCUGACAUUAUUCACCCGCCUUAUUUUCCAUCUGUUUAGUUAUCUCGCGGAUAGCUAAACCGUAUUCAACAAUCUUAGGCUUGUUUGAAAGUUACUAUUGAGUCAUAGAUCUAUAAUCAAAAGACUAAAACUUUCGGUUGCGGCGAUAUAAUUGUAUUAGUAAUCGGAAAUAGUUCAACUGAAUUCAAUGAUCUUACGCUUGUUUGGAAGCUGCUAUUGAGUUAUUGAGUCAAGUUUCAAAACCAAAUGUCGGACUUUUAUUAUUCCAGAGAUAUUUUUAGCUAAGAAUGCUACAGUCUAUAGAGCUCUAAUGUAUUUGAAUAAUACUUCAUACGUCCCGGAUAUACGCAAAUAGCCUACAUAGACCAAAGUAUCAAUUUUUUUCUUUCAUACACUUAAAAAAUAAUUAAAUUUGCACGACAUAAAAGUCAAUAAUACAAUGAAAUAGGCAUCAGUUGAAUGGAAAGUUUGAUUGAAAACUAUCAUCAACGUGAAACUCAAUUCGAAUAUUUUAUUUUUCCAUGAAUAAAACUGUGUAUUAAAAUUAAAGUCUAUUUUCGCUUUCAAUGUAUAUUAAAAAAUAAAGAAGUGUAAAGUAGCAUUAUAUUCUUUUUUUCUGCUCCAAAUACAUGCAUUAGAAAAGAUGUAAAUUUACAUAAUAUAUUUAUCGGUGUAUUUUGUAUUUAUAUUCUGCUUGAGCAUAUUUUCUACAUGUUUCAAUGAAGGAAUUAAGAAAUAGUUCAAAAACUGUUCAACUUCGAUAUUAAUUAUCACAUCUUAAUCUGUUAUUGAUUCAAUAUUUAUAAUUGUUCAAUAAUUGCUCUAAUAGUUGUAUCUAUAAGGCAAAUAAAUUGGAAUCAGAUAAAAGAAAUCCUCAUAAUAUUGUUCAAUUCUCAAUGUUGAAAUGACAACUAACUGAGAAAUUAAUUUUCAAUAAUGUUUCGAUAUUUCAAUUACAAAAUUUUAUAUUUUGUUACUAUUUUCUCAUGCAGAUUACAAUUGUUUUUGAUAUUUUAACUCUAAACAAAGUUAAAUUCGGUUUUAAUAACUAAGUUUAGUGUUGACUAUGAAAUCCUUUCUACCUGUGAUUAUCAUCAUUCAAUGUAGCUUUUAACGUCGAUCACAGUAGUAACAACACAAAUAGCAGAAUAUGCACUUAUUAAGUAUAUAUGGUAGUACAACAUCGCAUAAUUCCUAACAAUGCCAAUUACAUUAGUUUUCUGCCACAUUUGACAGAACUUCAGACUGUCAUUUAGUGUCAUUUUCGCAUAUACUUUUUAUCAAAAGGCGGUUCUAGCUUUAUUUUACUGCAUUUAAAAUAACAUAAUUUCAAAAUUGCACCUGAAAUUCUAUUAUGUAUUGUUGACACUUCUUGUUACUACAAAUUUCAUGAAUUUCAUGGAAUUUAUAACAGAAAAUUUUCAGGUUUCUGUUAAACUCAACGAUGAUAAUUUACGUAUACUUCAUCAUGAGCUUGGAAUUUGUUUUUGAUGUUUUUUUUUGCCUUGACAUAAUUGCCUUAAUUGUUUUUAAACAGAUUAUCAUUGUUUUUAAACAGAUUAUCAUUAUCACUGAAAUAAGUACUGUCGUGAUCGAACUUUCCCCAUUUUGAACUAUCAUGUAUCGAUCUUUAUUCAAUGGUUUACUUUAAAUUUAAAAACCAUUUUCUCUCAUUGACUCUAUCGAACGAGCGAAUGGAACCAAAAAACCAAAAGUUGCAUCCUUGCCGUUAUGUGAAAGGGGAAAUCCGUUUCGGAAAACACAGUGAAAAUGAAACAUCAAUUCUGUCGUCGUAUGUCGAUACGGUUAAGAUCGCACAAGCCACAGCUUAUGUACUAUUACUCGGGCUCUCCAGCUGAUCGCUUUUCCCGACAGCCACGAACAACCGAAUCAAACAUUUAUAUAUGAGCCAGACUUCCAGUUGCCAUAACUAUGGCGACGCGACGGCGAGCGGUCAGCUCCCCUACGGUAGGCGGAAGAAAAACAAAAUAAGCAGCGGCCAGCGAACUAAAGAAAAUUAAAUUGAACGUCAUUAGUGCGCUCUGGCCGAGCCCAUGUCCGACCGAAAAAAUAACGCGAAAAAUACUCGAAACCCAUCCUCGAAUGUACCUCGAGAAAGUGUUGAAUUUUUGCCUCGAAGCACAAAGACCCCCAGGCGCAACGGAGCUAGUUUUGCUUCCGACUCGCCACCGUGAGGUACCUCGAACAUACUUGAAACGCACACAGCAUGUACGCUAUUCGUUUCAAGUAUUCAUGAAAACUCACUGAACGUAACGCCACAGCCUGGCUGGGACUAGUUUUUACAGACGAAACGUCAACAAUACACAGUUUAAUGCUCCAUGCACUUCCACGUUGCGAUACCGGUAAAAUCGCCAUCAGUCACGUGAGUUUGUCUGACGGCGCUGCGCUGCACUACACGAAACCAGGUAACCAUCAGUCUGCAGUCUUCAGCCGACGACUGAUCGCGCCUACCUCCCGUACCCCGGAGUUUAUCCUCCGAGAGUUCUGGUCGCGCCUGACUGUCUGCUAAUGUAGUCUGUCCCUACACUCAGAGUAAACUGGAUCGAACUCUCGUUCCACCAUGGGAAAGGGGGGAAUGAUGAUAAUGAAUUAAACAAUUCGAUUCCAAUCGCAACCUGGAAGUGCAGUCUACGAGCAAUUGUUACAGAUAGCGGGAGCAAAAUAUGAGUCGGCAAAUGGCAAUCGAAAACAUACUACAGCAGCACUUUGUUUUAAAAUAAAUAUUUUAGCAUAAUAAUUGAUGCAUGUCUAUUCAGUAAAUAUGGAGGAAGCGAGAAGCGUGUUUGGAACGGAGCGGAUGAAAAGUGACUGCUAUGACAGUUAGUUUGUAAUAUGAUAUGAGAUAAAUGUAAACCAGAACUAAUGUAAAUACUACUUAACUAUUCAUUAGUGAUCUAAUCAAGAUGCUGGGAAUAAAUGCAACAUGAAAACUACAUAGUAGGGAUCCCACAAUAUUAGGUUCGUGGGAUGAAUUGGUGUAGAUAGCAACACGCUGCAAUAAUUAUAUUAAUUAUUACGAAUUGUAUCACUUAAGCGAAAUCAAAAGAAUGAAUCGAAAGAACGUGCAAAUAUUAGAUGCAAUGGUUUUUCUUAUGCGUGCUUAUACAGUGCCGAACGUUCAGUUCAGCUUAGAUUGUAGAAGGUAGACACAUUCCGGUUCUGUUCUGAAAUGGCCAAACAUCAGAACGGUCCCGGAUACCAAGAACUGUGAAGUGAGAUAAUACUAAAUUGGAGCUCAUAUCCGUACUAUUAUAUUUACACAAGGAUUUUUAUCGCAUAAUUUAUCGUUUUGUAUGUUAACUAUUCGUCGAUAGUGAUCAAAAACAAUGUAAUCUGUAUGUAUAGUAUAAAUAGUUUUACACAUUAAAAAAAAACUACUGUCAUUAGUUUUAACAAUGAA